UAGGGAGCGAACAGCAACGCCGGCUGACCAACGCUCUCGCUGCCGUCCCUUAAGCAGAGGUUGCCGGGCCGGCGCCCUGGCUGCCAGCGCCAUCUAAUGGCCGCUCUGAGAUUACUCGGCCCAAGCCGGGCCAUCUUUCGGAAAAGACACCGGAGGCGGGCCAGCUCCUGAGGAAGGGGCAGGGUGUGGCAGAGAGAGGGAAGUGGCUUCCUGAAGUGGACAAGGAGGAGAGGGAGGACUUUUUCACUUCCACAGCCUUCCCCCAGAAAGAUCUGGUCCACAUCUCUCCGAAGGAGAGCUUUCCCCACCCCCUUUAAAGUUAGUGUGUGUUUGUGAUAACUGGUAUGUAUGUAUGCAUACGGUAUCCUCAUCCUUUUUACUCCCGCUUCCCCUCCCUUCUGAGAUUUCUUUUAGCCAAACUUAUUUUAAAGUGUAAAUGUUCAUUAGGAGUGACAAGACACUAAAGUCAUCCACACCUUAAUUAUGAAUACUUUUUUUUUUCUACUGGGGAUCGAACUUGGGAUCUUGCAAUUUCGAGGCAGGGGGUGGAACCACUGAGCUAAAUCCCCAGCCCUAUGAUGAAUACUUUUCUCCUCUAAUUAGAUUUCUUUCUAACAGUGGGUGGAGAAGAUCUGAAAUCCAAAAUGACUGUAGAGCUGGUGGUGAGCUGAUCACAGAGCCUCAGCCUGCCACCCGGAAGAUGCCGAGUUCAUGCUACAGCCGCUCGGGGGCCCUGCUGCUGGCCUUGUUACUUCAGGCCUCCAUGGAAGUUCGUGGCUGGUGCCUGGAGAGCAGCCAGUGUCAGGACCUCACCACAGAAAGCAACCUGCUGGCGUGCAUCAGGGUCUGCAAACCCGACCUCUCCGCGGAGACGCCAAUGUUUCCGGGCAACGGCGACGAGCAGCGGCUGACGGAGAACCCCCGGAAGUACGUCAUGGGCCACUUCCGCUGGGACCGCUUCGGCCGCCGGAACAGCAGCCGGGGCGGCGGCGUGAACCACAAGCGUGAGGAGGAGGUUGCGGCGGGCGAAGGCCGCGUCCCGCUGCCCAUUGGCGACCCCGGGUUCCGCGGCGAUGGCCCCGAGCCGGGUGCGCGCGAGGGCAAGCGCUCCUACUCCAUGGAGCACUUCCGCUGGGGCAAGCCUGUGGGCAAGAAGCGGCGCCCCGUGAAGGUGUACCCGAACGGCGCGGAGGACGAGUCGGCCGAGGCCUUCCCGCUCGAGUUCAAGAGGGAGCUGGCGGGGGAGCGGCCCGCGGCGGCGCCCGGCCCCGACGACCUGGAGCUCGGCCUGCUGGCGGAGGCGGAGGCGGAGGCGGAGGCGGAGGCGGAGGCCCGGGCCGGGGCGGGGGCGGGGGCGGGGGCGGCCGAGAAGAAGGACGACGGGCCCUAUCGCAUGGAGCACUUUCGCUGGGGCAGCCCGCGCAAGGACAAGCGCUACGGCGGCUUCAUGAGCUCGGAGAAGGGCCAGACGCCGCUGGUGACGCUGUUCAAGAACGCCAUCAUCAAGAACGCCCACCAGAAGGGCCAGUGAGGCGCCCAAGCCCGCGCCUCCGGCUGCCGAAGCUGCCCGUAGUUAGGAAAUAAAGCCUGUCAAAUCUC